AACAUUUAUCGAUAACAAAGCAUCUGUGGCACUGAGUCCAUCCCUAUAAUUUUUUUGUUUUGGUAGUUGCACGUGUUUUCUUUUGAUUGCGUUUUAAAGGACCAAAACUAGCAAUGUCGGACAAAUAUGCAGUACCCAACAAAUUGCCCGGCAAAACAGUCUCGGUGCUGAAGCAUCGCAAGAGGAGGAUUCUCCAAGAUGAGGCUGUCGUCACGCAGAAGAGAAAUGACCGCAUCAAGAAGAGGACCGCCACCAAAAACCACCACAAGUUCCGCCGUGCCGAAUCCUUCGUAAUGGGCUACUUAAAAGCAGAGCGCACGGCGAAGCGAAUCAAGCAAACCAUUCUUCGCACCAAUAUCACAGAUCAAAGUACCAAGGCAGCCGAGGAUUGCAACCCUAAGCUGCUCUUCGUGAUGCGCCAUGCGGGAAAAAAGAUCUUCGACAAGACCACCUCGGAUAUAUUCAGAACCCUUCGCAUGCCCUCUCGCCACAAUGCCGUCUUCCUAGAAAACACCAAGGAAAACCAACUGUUGCUGCGCGUGAUCGAACCUUAUGUGGUCUACGGCAAUCCAUCGCUGAGCUCCGUUCGCGAGCUGGUCUUCAAGAAGGGUUUUGCUCGCAUUAACGGCAAGAAGACGGCCAUCCAGUCGAACACCAUGGUAGAGGAGCAGCUGGGCGAAAAGGGUGUAAUUUGCUUGGAGGACAUCAUUCACGAAAUUUGCACAGUGGGCCCGAACUUUGCCGCUGUCAACCAGUUCCUUUGCUCUUUUGCGUUGUCGAGUCCGAGCAAUGGCUGGCAGAAGAAGGUCUCCGUUUCCUACAAACGCGGCGGUGAAUACGGCGAUCGCGGCGCUGCUAUCAAUGAACUGAUUGCCCGCUGCUUGUAGAGAAAUUAAGAUAGUAGACUUUUAAGUGAUUGUUCAACCUCAAUAACCCAUUCUGUACCUAAGCCCAAUACAAAAUUUAUAUACAAACUGA